GAGGCACAGUCUGGCCCGGUGCGUUGCCUCACGAACCCGCCACGCCAAACCCGCCUUUUUUCACGUUUUUUCUUCACUACUAUAAACUUCAAUCAUGAGGGAAUGCAUCUCAGUCCACAUCGGCCAAGCCGGAGUCCAGAUCGGCAACGCUUGCUGGGAGCUAUACUGCCUGGAGCAUGGCAUCCAGCCUGAUGGCCAGAUGCCCUCGGACAAGACCCUGGGCGGCGGAGACGACUCCUUCAACACGUUCUUCAGCGAAACUGGUGCCGGCAAGCAUGUGCCCAGGGCUGUGUUCGUGGACUUGGAACCUACUGUUGUAGACGAGGUCCGCACGGGCACCUACCGUCAGCUGUUUCAUCCGGAACAGCUUAUCACUGGCAAGGAGGACGCGGCCAACAACUACGCGAGGGGACACUACACCAUCGGCAAGGAGAUCGUCGAUGUCGUGCUCGAUAGGAUCAGGAAACUCGCCGACCAAUGUACUGGACUCCAGGGAUUCCUGGUGUUCCACUCGUUCGGAGGCGGCACCGGGUCCGGCUUCACGUCGCUGCUGAUGGAGCGCCUCUCCGUCGACUACGGCAAGAAGUCCAAGCUCGAGUUCUCCAUCUACCCUGCUCCUCAGGUAUCCACAGCAGUGGUGGAGCCAUACAACUCGAUCUUAACCACCCACACCACGUUGGAGCACUCUGACUGCGCCUUCAUGGUCGACAACGAGGCCAUUUACGACAUCUGCCGGAGAAACCUUGACAUCGAGAGACCUACGUACACCAACCUCAACAGGCUUAUUGGCCAGAUCGUAUCCUCAAUAACUGCAUCGCUCCGUUUCGACGGCGCGCUGAACGUGGACUUGACAGAGUUCCAGACGAACUUGGUGCCCUACCCGCGCAUCCACUUCCCGCUCGCCACCUACGCGCCCGUCAUCUCCGCAGAGAAGGCCUACCACGAACAGCUGACUGUCGCUGAGAUCACCAAUGCUUGCUUCGAGCCUGCUAACCAGAUGGUGAAAUGCGACCCCCGUCACGGCAAAUACAUGGCUUGCUGCAUGUUGUACAGAGGAGACGUCGUGCCCAAAGACGUAAACGCCGCCAUUGCCACCAUUAAGACCAAGAGGACCAUCCAGUUUGUGGACUGGUGCCCCACAGGAUUCAAGGUGGGCAUCAACUACCAGCCGCCGACGGUGGUUCCUGGUGGUGACCUGGCGAAGGUGCAGCGUGCAGUGUGCAUGCUGUCCAACACCACCGCUAUCGCUGAGGCCUGGGCCAGAUUGGACCACAAGUUUGACCUCAUGUACGCGAAGCGGGCUUUCGUGCACUGGUACGUGGGCGAGGGUAUGGAGGAGGGAGAGUUCUCCGAGGCAAGGGAGGAUCUGGCUGCUCUCGAGAAGGACUACGAGGAGGUCGGAGUGGAUUCCACUGAGGGAGAACUUGAUGAGGAAAACGAGUACUAAAUGAAGACCGAACAAUUAGCUGGAUAUACGUCGUUUAAAAAAAAAAACGGUUUUUUCAACUAAGUCCAACUGUAUCCAGCCGUAUAAUGACGAAAACUAAAAGACUAGUGGAAUAACAGCUUUGACGAAGGGAGGUUUUGAUAGAAUUUUAUGUGUGAGAAUUUAGCUGUUGUUCAAUUAAGCCUUUUAGUCGAUAAAGCAAUAACAACUUUAGUCGAUCAGUGUUGUCAACGGCGUUUUUAUAUUCCGUCAAAUAUAUUUUUAACUCGAUAUAGUUUUAUAAUAAUAAUAGUACGUAAGAACGCGAGCUUGGUGAGUGUAAGGACAGUUCAAACUUUUGAGAAUAACUUUCAACAAGUUGAAACUAAAGUUUGUGACUGAAAUGUAACAAAAUAAUUUGCAUUUAUUAAUUUAAACAAGAAAUUCGUGAUAAUCUAUCAUUCUUGGGAGUUAGAUAUAGUUUAUAUCAUUUACAUCAUAAGCUAACUUAUUGAGAUCUUAUUUUAUGCUUUGAUGAAGUGCAUUCGUGUGUUUGAGAAUAAUAAUUUAUUUUUAAUGCACAAUAAAGAUUUUUACACAUAA